AUGUCCGAGAGCGUCAAGGAGCUUGCCGAGAUCCCCCAGUCCUUCAUCAGGGAGGGCGUGCACUUCAUGAACCGCUGCACCAAGCCUUCGAAGACCGAGUACAUCCAGCUGUGCCGCGCCGUCGGGGUCGGGUUCUUGGUCAUGGGGUUCAUCGGAUACUUUGUCAAGCUCAUCCACAUCCCCAUCAACAACAUUCUUGUCGGCGGAGCAUAG